AUGAAUACUCAAAGUUCACUGAAUUUACUCCGCCGACUGGCAACGACAUCAACUCGAGUCUCCCGACCUGCCGUGGCAGUUAAGCCUGGCCUUCGUGCUUUCUCCACGAGUCCGGCUCGCUCUCUCCGCAUCACAUCCCUCUUGAAUGACAAAUCCGACCCUUACCACAAGUCGAGUACGGAAGCGACAGGGACAAGUGCAGGCCCCCACGAAGGCUCCGCAUCACGAACGGAUCGCGAGAUCAUCGUCGAAUACCCAGAGGAUGAGAAGGAAUUUGACAGACACGAGCGCCCGCUGCGGGGCUUUGGAGGAGUGCAGAAUGUGAGGACACUGCCGACAUUUUCCCUCGAGGGCCGGACCGCUGUCGUCACUGGGGGUGCAAGAGGGCUGGGUCUUGUCAUGGGACAGGCUCUAGUGAACUCUGGAGCUGAUUUGGCGAUCGUGGAUUUGAAUAAGGAGGAAGGUGAAAAACAAGCCGCUGAAAUCAUUCGCCUGUUCCAGAAGGACUUUCCAGACGAGGAUCCGCCCAGAGUGACCGCACACUAUUCCGACGUGUCUGACCCUGAAAGUGUGUCGGCCUGCAUUAACGAAAUCAUCUCGCAGCACGGGAAGAUCGACCACCUAGUGACCUCUGCUGGCUUCACCGAGAAUUUCUCGGCGGAAACAUAUCCGUAUGAUCGGAUCAAGAAACUCUGGGGUGUAAAUGUUGACGGGACCUACCUCUUUGCCACUGGAGUCGCUCGACACCUGAUGGAGAGAGGCAGCAUUACUCACGGCAGCAUAGUCAUGAUUGGAAGCAUGUCUGGUGCGGUGGUCAAUGUCCCUCAACCACAAGCCCCUUAUAAUGCAGCCAAAGCCGCAGUCCGCCACCUUGCCGCUAGUUUGGCAGUAGAGUGGGCGCACGCCCACAUCCGAGUCAAUUGUAUCUCCCCAGGAUAUAUGUUGACAGCUCUAACUCGCAAAAUUCUUGACGAUAACCCAGAACUCAACAAGACCUGGACUUCCUUGAUCCCAGUCGGCAAAAUGGGUUCACCGGAGGAUUUGCAGGGUGCGGUGGUAUACCUUCUUAGUGACGCGAGCCGCUAUGUCACUGGAGCUGAUCUUCGGGUCGAUGGAGGGUAA